UAUUGCGAUUUCUCCUUCCUCCGGGGAUUUGCUCUGAAACUUGCCCAAACCUCCAAACCGAAGCUUGCGACUGAUAGCCAUACCAGAACGCGCAAGGCCGGACCGAGGCUUGCGGCCGGCGACGGAGACUUGCGGCGACUGAAGUUGCGGCGGGCGAAAAUAGGAGCUGUUGGAGACUUUUGGCGUGCUUUUGUCCUGGAAUCAUUCGUGUUGCUUGAUAUUGGAGGAGGUAUUGUUCUACCUGCAUAUGCUAUUUGGGGACAAGGGAUAAGCACUUUGGGAGAUGGGGGGAGAAAAUGACAUGAAGACAUGGAUUUCUGAUCAGUUAAUGUCACUGCUUGGUUUUUCUCAGCCAACCGUUGUGCAGUAUAUGAUUGGACUAUCCAAACAAGCAGCAUCACCUGCUGAUGUAGUGAGCAAGUUGGUGGUAGAUUUUGGCUUGCCAUCUUCCAAUGAAACGUUGGCUUUUGCUGAAGAAAUGUUCUCUAGAGUGCCACGCAAGAAAUCAUCUGGUUUAAAUCUUUAUCAGAAGCAAGAGAGAGAAGCUGCAAUUUUGGCAAGGAAGCAAAAGACAUAUGCACUACUGGAUGCGGAUGAUGAUGAAGAUGAUGUUGAAGAAAAAGGAGGCAACGGUGAUAAAUUUUCUGCUGGCAUGGCUUCUACACCUCGAGAAGUGGAGAAUCACAAAAAGCGGUUUAGGAAGAAAAGCGAACAUCAAGAAGAUGAAGAUGAUAACAAGGAAAGUGUUCUUGAAAGAGAAGAUAGACAGGUUAGAAGACGGACUACUAGUUCUGAAGAUGAUGAUGGCUAUGAGUCUGAGGAAGAGAGAUUGCGUGAUCAAAGGGAGAGGGAGCAAUUAGAGCAAAAUAUAAGAGAACGGGAUGCUGCAGGAACCCGAAAGUUAACAGAGCCGAAAUUGAGUAGGAAGGAGGAAGACGAGGCAAUUCGGAGAUCAAAAGCUUUGGAGAAUGACGGAAUUGAUACUUUGAGGAAAGUCUCAAGACAGGAGUAUUUAAAGAAAAGGGAGGAGAAGAAACUGGAAGAAAUCAGAGAUGAUAUAGAAGAUGAGCAAUAUCUUUUUGAAGGUGUGAAGCUUACUGAAGCAGAAUACCGGGAACUAAGGUAUAAGAAGGAAAUAUAUGAGCUUGUGAAGAAGCGGACGGAUGAGGCCGAUGACAUCGAUGAGUACAGGAUGCCUGAAGCUUAUGAUCAGGAAGGGGGUGUUAAUCAGGAUAAGAGGUUUGCUGUGGCAAUGCAGCGGUAUAGGGAUUCAGGCACUGCAGAUAAAAUGAACCCAUUUGCAGAACAAGAGGCUUGGGAGGAACACCAAAUAGGGAAAGCAACAAUGAAAUUUGGUUCCAAAAAUAAAAAGCAAUCAUCAGAUGACUAUCAGUUUGUAUUUGAGGAUCAGAUUGAGUUUAUUAAGGCAUCAGUUAUGGAAGGUGAUGAGUUUGUUGAUGAACGGGAGACUGAAUCACUGGAGAAGUCCAAGGCUAAAUCAGCUUUGGAGAAGCUGCAGGAGGAGAGGAAAACACUGCCAAUCUAUCCGUAUCGUGAUCAGUUACUCCAAGCUGUCAAUGAUUAUCAGGUUCUUGUAAUUGUUGGUGAAACUGGUUCUGGAAAGACUACGCAGAUACCUCAAUAUCUUCACGAAGCUGGGUACACAAAGCGAGGAAAAGUUGGAUGCACACAACCACGUCGAGUUGCUGCUAUGAGCAUUGCUGCCCGCGUAUCUCAAGAACUGGGUGUCAAGCUUGGGCACGAGGUUGGUUAUUCAAUACGUUUUGAGGAUUGUACGUCAGAUAAGACUGUUUUAAAGUACAUGACAGAUGGGAUGUUGUUACGAGAAUUCCUUGGUGAACCGGACCUUGCAAGCUACAGUGUGAUAAUGGUGGACGAGGCUCAUGAAAGAACAUUAUCAACUGAUGUUCUGUUUGGCUUAGUGAAGGAUAUUGCAAGGUUUCGACCUGAUUUGAAGUUACUAAUUUCUAGUGCAACACUUGAUGCUGAGAAGUUCAGCGAUUACUUCGAUUCAGCUCCAAUAUUUAAAAUUCCUGGUAGACGAUAUCCUGUAGAAAUUCACUUCACAAAAGCGCCAGAAGCAGACUAUUUAGAUGCAGCAAUCGUGACCGCGCUUCAGAUCCAUGUCACAAAGCCUCCAGGAGAUAUAUUGGUGUUUCUCACUGGUCAGGAAGAAAUUGAAGCAGCUGAGGAAAUAAUGAAACACAGAACUCGAGGACUAGGCACAAAAAUUGCAGAACUCAUUAUCUGCCCCAUAUAUGCUAACUUACCAACAGAGCUACAGGCUAAGAUAUUUGAACCCACGCCUGUAGGAGCAAGGAAAGUUGUCCUAGCAACUAAUAUAGCAGAAACAUCAUUGACGAUUGAUGGGAUAAAAUAUGUUAUCGAUCCUGGUUUUUCAAAAAUAAAAUCCUAUAACCCAAGGACUGGGAUGGAGUCAUUGCAAGUGAGUCCCAUUUCGAAAGCAUCAGCAAAUCAGAGAGCAGGCCGUUCUGGACGAACAGGUCCUGGAAUGUGCUUUCGUUUGUAUACUGCUUACAGUUAUUACAAUGAAAUGGAAGACAAUACAGUACCAGAAAUACAAAGAACAAACCUUGCUAAUGUUGUGCUUACACUUAAGAGCCUUGGUAUUCAUGACUUGGUAAAUUUUGAUUUUAUGGACCAACCUCCAUCUGAAGCAUUGCUAAAAGCUUUGGAACUGCUCUAUGCACUUGGUGCUUUAAAUAAACUUGGUGAAUUGACUAAAUUGGGUAGGCGGAUGGCAGAGUUUCCUCUAGAUCCCAUGCUUUCUAAGAUGAUGGUUGCUUCUGAGAAGUUCAAGUGUUCAGAUGAGGUCAUUUCUAUUGCAGCUAUGCUUUCUAUUGGCAAUUCUAUCUUUUAUCGUCCGAAGGAUAAACAAGUUCAUGCUGACAAUGCUCGAAUGAAUUUUCACACCGGGAAUGUUGGGGAUCACAUCGCAUUGCUGAAGGUAUACAACUCUUGGAGGGAAACAAAUUACUCCACACAAUGGUGCUACGAGAAUUACAUCCAGGUUAGAAGUAUGAAACGUGCUAGAGAUAUCAGAGAUCAACUUGAGGGGCUCUUAGAAAGGGUUGAAAUCGAACUAACCUCAAAUUUGAAUGAUUUAGAUGCAAUAAAGAAGACAAUAAUAUCUGGUUACUUCCCUCAUUCUGGAAAGUUGCAAAAGAAUGGCUCGUAUCGGACCAUUAAGCAUCCGCAGACAGUUCAUAUACAUCCUAGCUCAGGGUUGGCUCAGGUUCUUCCAAGAUGGGUUGUAUACCAUGAAUUGGUAUGCACCUCCAAGGAGUAUAUGAGACAGGUAACGGAAUUGAAGCCUGAAUGGUUGGUUGAAAUUGCUCCACAUUUCUACCAGCUCAAGGACGUGGAAGAUUUGAGUUCAAAGAAGAUGCCGCGCGGAGAAGGUCGUGCUAGUGAAAUUGGCAAUGCUGUUAGUUAGCUGAAGAAAGUUAGGAGGGACCCAUUUGGUGGCUUAUUCAAACGAGACCAAAGACAUGUAGAAAUUAAAUACUCAAUUUUACAGUACCGUAUCAACCUCUAGCCGCAGCUUUCCAACUGAAUCGCCCAUCACAAUUGUCGGGUUCGGCUCGUGUAACUUAUGUACAGUGUAGGUGUGAGGAUUUGAAUCACCAACAUCAAAGAAUGAGUAGAAUACUGACCGUUUGAACUAUGAUUAUGUUGACAACUUUAUGCUAAAGCUGUGUAAAGAUAAUUUUGAAUAAUAUAGAUAUAUAUUAGAUUA